CUCUGCUCUUCACAGCACUCCUGUCAGAACCUCUGGGCUCAUCCUGAUCUCCGAGGCUCCACUCAUCACCUGCACACUCACCUCUUUAAGCCAUCUGGAACGAAGAAGGAACCAUGUCUGGCAUCAUGAAGCUGUCUCUGCUCUUGGCUGCCCUGGUCUGCAUCUCUAAAGCCCAGGGGGAUCGAGAACUUUGCCAGUGUUCCACAGUCAGGGGUUCCAUCGACCGCAAGCAUGGUGUAAAAGACAUCCAGAUCCAUCCUGCGUCCAACUUCUGCAGCAAAGUUGAGAUUAUUGUCACCAGAAGCAACGGCUCAAAAUACUGUUUGAAUCCCUCCUGGGAGCCUCUGAAAAAGAUGCUCAACAAGAUACAGAAGCAGAAAGUUCAGGCGACCACACAGAGCACCUUGACUUCCACUCCAGGCAACGGAACCACAGAAAGCCUGUGAAUCUCUUUUAACUGGAAUGAAGCUCAUAUCACCUCUGAAUCCUCAACAAAAGCACCUUAACGUAUCAUUGUGAAACAUUUUGCUGUAUUCAUCUCUUAUCUAUAUUGAUCAACUGCACAUGUCUAUAAUAUUCUCUCCUUUUUGAAAUCCUGUAAAUAGUAAUUGUUUAGUUUGUUUCGUCUUUUUUAUGUAUAAUAAAGAUACACUGAAA